AUGGUUUUGAAUGCGACUUCACAGCCUGAGGGUUCUCCUCUCUCAGCUGCCCAGGUGGAGGCCGUUCCUCUACGAGGCUACAAGGACUCCAAAUCCUACACCGUCUUGGCGGCCUCUGCUGCACCCAACUCCGCAAGCACUGGACGAUUGGCUGCUGUCGCUGCCAGCAACAAUCCUCGCUUUUGGGACCCCAAGAUUCACAGCGAGCAAUGGUAUGAUACUCACAGCAACCCUUUCACUAUCCAGUUUCCUGCUAUGAUUGAGCCCACUGGGAAACACUCCCGGUUGGACCCUUAUUUCUCGCUGCCCACUUUGAAGCAGCUUAAACUUAGGGAUGUGAGGACGGUGAAAGUGCAGUUCCAGCUCCGAACACUAGAUGAGGACUAUCCAACUGAGGCCGUGGUUUGCAGCAAGAAAGCUGUGAAUACCCUCAUGCUUCUGGUCAGCCAAUGCGAGGCCGCUCGGGGUAAGGACAACCAUGACAUUAUCCAAUUCCUCCGCAAUGUGGGGAACUCGAGCGCAGAUCUGCUUCACUUCGUGCUGCACUUGGAGCCUUUGCUGCCAGAGGCAGGGGAGGUGAGAAGGGAGGUGGUGCCCAAAUUCUCCCUGGAGGACUUCGAAAACACCGACUUGGUCUUUUCUGGCACGUGUAUUGACCCCGAUGGGGAACUGCACAGACGUGCUCAAACUGAAGUUCUCGGGAACACGAGGUAUGACGUCGGCUGGAAAUCUGCGACAGACACUGAUGUAUCAGACCUGCCUGACCCUCAUGGGCACUACCAUACCAUGAUGGAUCUUUUCCAUCUGGAAAAUGUGCCAGUGGUGGUGCCUAAUGUUCGGGACGCCAAUGGUGCCCUGAUCCAUCCUGCGGAUUACAGUAAGAUAUUCACUUCGGCGAUGCCGGUGGUGGCUGAGAUCGUGAUGCGAAUGUGGAUGUUCGCCCCUGAUGGGAAGCGGGAGAAAGGGUCGAGGAUCUAUCAGACAACUUUGAAGUCCUUGAAAUUGCUGCCAAAGGACGAGCCAGGGAUGGCACCAUUGGGACAAGGUGCAGGGCGACAUAACAAACGGCAAGGGCAAGUGAAAGGCCGAUGCCGGCCCCGGCAACGGUGGUCUGGCCAAGAAGGCACAGAAGGUGGUCGCGAGUGGGUGAACAGCUUGCUGAAAGUGCACGUGUUACCAGAAAUAAUGUUUGUUGGUGUUUGA